AUGAACAUGGAACCACCUACGGCCUCGAAGGUUUAUGACUGCAUGUGUUCUCUCAAGCACCACCGAGCCUCUGGUCCGGAUGACCCCCCACCCGCAUGGUUCAAAGAUGGGGGUGAAGUCCUCAGUCAGCGCUUGUCCGAUCUGUUUGCUUGCAUUUGGAAGAAGGAGUCUGUCCAAGACAACUGGGGAGAAUCGGUGAUAGUGCCCGUUUUCAAAAAAGGGGCGCGUAGUGACUGGCAACCACAGGGGGAUCAGCUUGACCCCGGUCAUAACGAGACCGUUGGCGUCAAUUGUGAUUCAUCGCCUUACGGUCCUCGGACUACGACAACUGUCACUGUUGCUCAACCAAUGAGCUCACAAAUGAGCAACACAGCUCCGGCGCAGGUAGCUGGGCGGCGCAUGUUACCCACUGAUCCACGUUUGCAUCAGAUUAUUGGGAGGGCUGCUGCAGCAAAACGAAAGCGCCGUCUUGCUGACCGACUUCUCCCAAAAACCAUUCGCGAAAUCAUACCGGAAUCAGAGUCGUAUAUGGAAUUGCUAGAAGUGGAAAAGAAACUGGAUUUUGUGCUGAUGCGGAAGCGCCUUACUCUACAGGAGGCAAUGAAAAGACCGUUCAAGGUAAAGCGGAAACUUCGUGUCAUGCUCAGCAGUACAUUUAAACCAGGCAUACCUGCCGGUGCUGUUGGACCUGAUGGGCAGCGACUCACUGGGGAUGCUGCGCCAGGCUGGGAACUCAGAGUAGAAGGCCAGUUACUAGACAAGCCCGGCCAACCGAGUAACAACGAUGCCAAAUAUCGCCGCAAGUUUUCGUCAUUUUUCAAAUCCCUGGUGAUCGAAUUGGACCGUGACCUGUAUGGACCAGACAACCAUCUGGUCGAGUGGCAUCGUACUCCAACGACUGCAGAAACAGAUGGUUUUCAGGUCAAACGCCGUGGUGACAGCAACGUCCGUUGUACCGUACUUCUGAUGCUGGAUCACCAGCCACCAGAGUACAAACUGGAUCCUAGGUUGGCUAGAAUUUUGGCACUUCACAGUGGUACACGAUCACAAAUCUUUUAUGCACUUUGGAGUUACAUAAAAACGCACAAAUUACAAGACCCUAAUGAAAAAGACUUCAUCAAUUGUGAUCCAUAUCUCGAACAGGUUUUCAACUGUCCCCGAAUGCGGUUCGCAGAAAUUCCCAGUAGACUUGUUCCACUUCAACAACCUCCGGAUCCAGUCGUUAUUAAUCACGUAAUCACCGUGGAAGGAGACUCACCAAAAACGGCAUGUUAUGAUAUCGACGUUGAAGUCGAUGAUGUAUAUAAGACAAUGGUUCACAGUUACCUUUCGAGCGUGCAAUCGAACCAAGAAUUGUCGGCUAUUGAUAGCAAAAUUCAUGAAUUCGUCGAACAAAUCAAUCAAAUGAAAGUUCACCGAGAGUUUUAUCUCGAAUUCAGCCGUGAUCCACAAGCGUUCAUUUCUCGCUGGCUAGCUAGUCAAGCCAGGGACUACUGGGUUAUGACCGAUGCCACCCCGGGACAUCCGGAAGAGGAACGUCGUGCGGAGUUCUACCACGCGCCCUGGACUCAAGAAGCAGUAAUGCGUUACUUCUACAAUCGAAUAUCUCAACGUAGACAAGAUCUGGAACACGCUCUUGGACUAAACAACGGUUGAGAAUUCGGUGGAUCUUUUUACAAGCAUUACUGACUUGCAUUUGAUUCGUGUACGCAAGCACCCCACUUGACUCCUAAUCACUAACUGUUUCUGUUGUCUGUUUAUCUAUAGUACUAUCAUUUCCAUUAUCCCAC